CUUGCAACUUUUCGAAUUCCUCCUAGCAAGUCGAUUGAUUUGAUUGCGACCGCCAUUCAGUCCCAAUUCUUCCUCUCGACAACCACAUUUUCCGUGAGGUGCAACAGUCAAGAUGGGUGCCCUCAAAUACGUCGAAGAACUUCAAAAGAAGAAGCAAUCCGAUGUCCUUCGAUUCCUUCUCCGAGUCCGCUGCUGGGAGCUCCGACAAUUGAAUGUCAUCCACCGCGCAUCUCGCCCCUCGAGACCCGACAAGGCCCGCCGUCUGGGUUACAAGGCCAAGCAGGGAUAUGUCAUCUACCGUGUGCGUGUCCGACGUGGUGGCCGCAAGCGACCUGUGCCCAAGGGUGCCACUUAUGGCAAGCCCACCAACCAGGGUGUGAACCAACUCAAGUACCAGCGAUCUCUCCGAUCCACCGCUGAAGAACGUGUCGGUCGCCGCGCUGCCAAUCUGCGUGUCCUCAACUCGUACUGGAUCAACCAGGACUCGACCUACAAAUACUUCGAAGUCAUCUUGGUCGACCCUCAACACAAGGCCAUUCGCCGUGAUCCUCGGAUCAACUGGAUCGUCAAUCCUGUGCACAAGCACCGCGAAUCUCGUGGCCUCACCGCUACCGGCAAGAAAUCCCGUGGUUUGGGCAAGGGACACGGAUACAACAAGACCACCGCUGGCCGAAGAAAGACCUGGAAGAGACACAACACUUUGUCGCUCUGGAGAUACCGAUAGAUGCGAUUGUGACGACGGUCAUGGCAAUGGUCGAAAUGUGGUGGAAGAAUUUUCUAGCCGCUGGCAUGUUGCUAAGGCCGUCCUCAAUCGUAUUCGGUGGAUGUGGAUUCAAUUAUUACACAUGAUCAGCAUUACCGCUAUGAAUUGCGCGCGGGAAAAGCGACUGGAUGUUCGUCGUCUCGAAGACUUCAUGGAUAUGAGACGGGGUUGUCGAAUAUAUCAAAACCACUCGACAUCAUCGCUCAAGCUGGAGAUGGUGUCUCAUGAUAUCCCAAAACAUGAAAAUGCAAGCGAAGGUCUCUUACUGAGAUCAAAUAUGGCACCCUUGACCUAACUACCUUCC